CUUCUCCACUAUCUGGUAUCUAUCUUUAGCGACCUACCUACUAUAACUACUCGCUACCUACAUCCAACAAAACUCCAUUCUUCGACACAUCAUCCAAAGAACAUCAGAAUCAUCGCCCUUCAUCAUGUCAGAACCUCUCAGUGUUGCCGCCAUUCUAAAUGGCAUGGCAGAUGCGCUACCAACGCAUCCCCCAAGUGACGAUUCAUCUGACCUCGCUUCAUCGUACGAAGUUAUCGCUCUCCUCAUCCACUCAUAUCUCGCUGCUCUAGGCUUCAAGCUUCUUGGCUUUGAUGAAGACAAGAAUAUACCCGAAUGCGAAUCACUCGCUCCUCGUCUACCACCACAAUGGAACUCAGGCUUCGGAUCUUACAGUUUUGUCUAUAAGCACAAGCAGUCGGCCAUGACCUUUAGCAUCCGUAUUGACCGCAUGGGUAAAAAGGUCGAGGUUCGAGGAGUAGCCGUUGGAGAUGACAACAUCCGUCGUUUCGAGAGGUCGAUCAGCGACGUUGUGGAUUCUAAGAAACUCCCUCUUCGCAUCGCUAUCAAGGACGGCCAGGAAGAUCGAAGUGAUCUUCCCGAGAAGCUCCGCGGUGUCUUUACCUCUGAGCAAGCUAUUGCCGAUAUCUUACAUGACCUCAAGGUCAACAUCGUUCAGAAGCUCAUCCCAAAACUCCAAAGCGAAGGCUAUGUCGAGACGGCUGAAGCCGAGGCUAAUGCACGCUCCGAGCGUCGUGCUCAAGAAGCUCAGAACCCAGACCGUCCGUUCCGUGGCGAUCCUGUACCACACCCACACCCGCUCCAACCCCCAGCGAAUCCACUUCCUGAGAUGGCUCGUCCACGACCUGCACCAGUGGGCGACUUUCCUCCUCCCGGCUUUGAGGAUGAAUACGAGAUGAACCGGCCUCCACGAGGCGGACUUCAAAUGCCAGGAAGGUCGCCCUACAACAUUGGUCACGAUGACUUGAAUCCUCCUGGUCUCGGUCCGCACGAUCCUCUUCGUGGCUCGUUCAUUGGCGGAGGACUACCUCGUCCUGGUGGUGGCUCAGGGAUGCAUCCUACUUUCGAUGAUCCUUUAUUCGGUGGGCAACGAGGUGACAGUCCCUCUGGUUUCGAUCCUCAAGCACCUCCAGGAGCCCGAUGGGAUCCCACUGGCCCCGUUGGCAAUCCGAGAUUCCCUGGUCCUGGCAGCGGAAGGGGAAACAAUCCCUUUGGUGGAGGUUACGGUGGCGGAUUUGGAGGAGGAGGCUUUGGCGGAGAUAUCAUCUAGACAGGAGAGAAGCAAUACUGUUGACUGCAUACGCUUGCUUCGGCAGAAUGAUUACUGAUCAAUUUCCUUCUACUCAACUACUUCAUAUUUCAACUUUUCCAUCGUGAUGUAUUUCAUCCGUCAUUAAUUCAUACCUUGAUAUGGUGUGCCAAAAUUGUACUUGAGCAAAAGUAUCCUUAACAUAUGCCAUGUUACCUAUGUACCUAGC